CUCAAAUACUGGCUGAACCGACCUUCUUGUCCUCCUGUGUUUAGGGAGGUGAAGUCUCUAUUUGACAGACUUGUGUCUCCCUCAAUCGACGCCAAUCCUAUUUCUGUGCCCACAGAUCACUCACCUACACCGCAACAAGUUAUUCCAGAGGACCUCCACCGACUCAUCCAAGUUCGGCGGGCAGUCUUGCAUGCUCGCACACUUCACGAGGGAUCCAUUUAUACCCGUGACUCCACCCAUGUGGGCAACAGCCUGGUCCUCUAUUACCCUGGUGGUAUCAAGAAUGUGCAACCGACACCGGGAAUCAUCAAGUACAUUUUCGAGAUGAAGGGAGUAGUGGGCUUCGCCGUGCAACGUCACCUCCCUCAAUACUCUCGCCCUGACCCUUUCCGCCACUAUCCUCACUUCCCAGCUCGUUUAUAUUCCUCAGCGCUUGCGGACCAUCUCGAAACUGUCAUGCCUGACUGGGUAGUGUCGCAUUUCGCACGAUGGAACUUCUCUACACAGCACAUUGUUGCCGUGUCUUUGUGUCAGGUGUGUUCCUCCCGCUGUUUCCACAUGUUAUAA